AUGAAGGGUCUGAUUAUGAACUGCAUGGAGAAGAAGACGCAGGCUUAUGAGCUCGUGCGGAAGGGGCUUAAGUUCGACCUGUCGUCCCACGUGUGCUGGCACGUGUACGGGCUGCUGUACCGGUCGGACCGGGAGUAUCGAGACGCCAUUAAGUGCUACCUCAACGCCCUGCGCAUCGACCCCAACAACCAGCAGAUCCUCAAAGACCUCUCGCUGCUGCAGGUGCAAAUGCGGGACACGGCGGGGUUUGUGGAGUCACGGCGGCAGCUGCUGACCUUCAAGCCCAACCACCGCGCCAACUGGAUCGCCUUUGCUGUCGCCAACCACAUCAACGGCAGGCUGGACGUGGCGUCUCAGAUCCUGUCAGCCUAUGAGGGCACUCUGGAGGACGAGUCUCCUCCGGACGGGGAGAAGUACGAGCACAGCGAGAUGCUGCUUUAUAAGGUGUCACUGCUGGCAGAAGCAGGCAAGCACGCGGAGGCCUUGGAGGAGCUGGGCAAGAAGCAGCGCCACAUCGUGGACAAGCUGGGAGUGAGGGAGCACCGGGCGGAGCUGCUGCACCUUACAGGGCGUAGCGAGGAGGCUAGAAGCGAGUACGAAGCUCUGCUGGCCAUCAACCCGGACAACUACAAGCACUACGAGGGGCUGCAGGCGUGCAUGGGGCUGAAAGCGAGUGCUGCGGAUGGCAGUUAUACGCCGGAGCAGCUGGCGCAGCUAACGGAGCUGUUCAAAGGGCUGCAGGAGAAAUACCCCAAGUCCGCUGCUGCUAAGAGAAUACCGCUGGACUUUCUCCAAGGGGCAGACUUCGAGGCAGCCUUGCAGCCACACGUGAGGCGGUUCAUCCGCAAGGGCAUCCCCUCGCUCUUCUCCGACCUUGAACCGCUCUACGACCAGCCAGGCAAGGCGGACAUCAUGGACAAGGUCUUCACAGCCAUGCUCCACUCCAUUCGCUCCUCCGGAAAAUUCCCUCCUCUCAGUGACUCGUCAGCAGAAGAGGACAAAGAAAACCCCUCUGUGCUUCUCUGGCUGCUGUAUCUUAUGGCUCAGCAUCUGGACAGGAGGGGCAAGGUGGAGGAGGCAUUGGCGAUCGUAGACGAGGCGAUUGCUCACACGCCCACACUCAUGGAUGCCUACCUGGUCAAGGCGCGUAUUCUGGACAGGGCGGGGGACUUCACAGCAGCAGCGCGGCUGGCAGACGAGGCAAGGAGCUUGGACCUGGCGGACAGAUACCUCAACUCGGAGGCCGUCAGGCACAUGCUCAGGGCCGACCAGGUGGAUCUAGCAGAGAAAACAGCAGCGCUCUUCACCAAGCACGGCGACCAGCAUGAGAACCUCUUCGACAUGCAGUGCAUGUGGUACGAGCUGGCGGGUGGAGACAGCUACCUGCGGCAGAAGAACUACGGGCGGGCCUUGAAGAACUACCUCUCAGUGCACAAGCACUACAAUGACAUGAUCGAGGAUCAGUUCGACUUCCACACCUACUGUCUGCGCAAGAUGACCCUCAGGGCCUACGUCGCCACUCUCCGCUGGGAGGACCAUCUUCACGCCUCGCCCUUCUUCUGCCAGGGCGCCGUGGGCGCUGUGCGGUGCUAUGUGGCUCUGCAUGACCGGCCGGUGGUGAGGGAGGAGGCGAAGGAGGAGGACAAGGCCAAGAUGAGCGGGGCGGAGCGGAAGAGACUGCAGAAGGAGCAACGGAGGAAGAAGGAGGAAGAGGAGGCAGCAGCAGCUGCUGCAGCGGCGGCAGCGGCAGCAGCAGCCAAGGCAGCCAAGAAGGGAGGUUCGGCCAAGCCUGUCGAUGCCGACCCUGAUGGGGUGAAGCUCACUGAGGUGGAGGACAAGCUAGCAGAGGCCUCCAAGCACCUCUCGCUGCUGCUGCAGCAUGCCGGAUCGGAGCUCUCGUCGCUGCAAGUGGCGUUUGAUGUGUUCUCGCGGAAAAAGAAGCUCCUGCUGUGCCUGCAGGUGGUGCGGCGGUUGCUCAAAGAACAUCCACAUGCACCCCUUACACACUCGUGCCUGGUUCGGUUCUUCCUCACAGUGCGUGACCUUCCCCCGGCAGAAUCAGAAUCAGAUAAAAUCGUCCGCGCAGUCAUCGAAGCUGAGAGGGCUGAUCUGGGUAUAUCUGAAAACCUGUCAGCAAGCUUGCAAGAAUGCAACGAGGCCUUUUUGGAGGCACACAGAGAUAGCUUGGCGCACAGGGCAGCAGCAGCGGAGGCCAUGGCCAUGCUGGAUCCCUCCCUCAAGGCGCGCGCCACUGCCGUCAUCCACGACUCGCAAGAGCCCCUGGCGAAGAGUGGCGGAGCAUUGGCGGAGGGAGUGGGCGAGUGGUCCCUAGACCAGUGCACGGCGGUGCAUCGGCUGCUGCAGGAAGGCCCUCUUGCUGAUGAGGCGGCUGCACAAAGAUGGAACGACCGGUGUGCGGAGCGAUUUCCCUACUCGCAGCAUUUCGAGGGCAGCAAGAGCUCCGCGAAAGCACCACCACCGGUGGCUGAUGGCGGUGAUGAGGACGGGGAGGAGGGCAGUGCUGCUGGUGCUGCUGCUGGGGAGAACGGGGUGGUGGAGUAG